ACUUCAGAUUUUGGACAUCUCGAGGAAACAUGCUGAAGGAAUCGCUGUUUGUCGUCUCUGCUCUAUUUGCUGUAGCUGCAGCUGGCCCUCUGGCCAAGAGCGAUGCUAAGGAAGGAGUCAUCUACGCCAACCUUUACAAAGGCAUCGAUGAACAUGGCGAGAUGCUUCCUGUCACUAGCUACAUCAGCUCUCUCGAUCUCUAUGGUUUUAAUGAUGAGGUCGAGUCCACAUGUCUGAAUGGCAUGUGGAUUUUCUACGAACACGAUGAAUAUAACCCUACGUCUGGUACAGUGUACUGGAUCAUUGGUAUCAAUUACUGCACCACUUUUGACGUGCCUGAAAGAAAUAUUUUCUCCUCCAUCAAGUACGUAGGAAACAACAAUGUUCUGAACGCCGACACCUUCACGCUGUACCAAGGAACGUAUUUCUCCGGGAUGGAAUACUAUGCUGAGGGAGACAUACCCGACUUGGGUUCCUUCAGUAACCUUGCUUCCUCUACCAUUUUGACUGGUUCUUCGCCCUGGACACUCUUUUCAGGCACAGGCUACACCGGCACCGCCUUGUGUCUGUACCCCGACACCGACUCCAUCUCCGUCAACGACCAGGCCAUCACCGUCGGCGCUCAUGGCCAGCUUUCCUCCUACAGCUUCGACAACAACGUGCGCUCCGUCGCCAAGGGCUGCUUUACCAAGAAUGUCGCGAAGGCCAAACUCACUCCCCAGGGCUCCACCUCGAACGGCGCCUGGGGCAAGUUUGCGUAAAUGCUCUAUGCCGUCCCCUGAGUGAAACUGUGGAGGGAUUUUUGUCAUUUAGUUUUGU